AAUUUUAGCACCUACUUCAUUCACAGUCACGUUAAAAAUACUUGUGUAGUGCUAAUUACUUAAUGCCUGUACUGAAACGUAGAUACUAGAUAGACAAAUCGUAGUAUGUAUGUAUAAAGUUAUAAAAAUAUUUAAAGAUUUAUGCUUGGUUAUUUAAUUUCUCUGUUUUUACUGCUACAGAGCUUAAAAUUCAGCAGCUCAAUGAAAAAUUGGGCUCAGCUAAAAAGGACUUUAUGGCCGAAGCAGAAAGAAACUUGACAUUAAAAAAUACGCUAAAGAAAAUUAAGAUUGAUCUACACAACAUGACGGCCGAAUUCCAAGACCCGACUAAGUUAAAGUUGGCUGUGAAAACCCUAUUUCAAAAAUACGUCGAGGACAUUGAUUUUGUCCGAAGCCGGAUUGCGGAUGACGAGGCAGUCCGUGAGUUCAAUCGUCAGCGAGACCACUUGGAGAAGCAGGUGGCCGGCUUAAAGCAACAGCUGACCAAGGCUCUAGGUGGUUCUAAGAGCGACAUCGGGAAGAUUAUGGACGAAAACUGCACAUUGCUCACUGAGAUUAACAAUCUGCGUACCGAGUUGAAAACUACCCGUACGCGAUGCUUUCAAAUGGAGUCCAUCUUGGGCCUGUCUGCGAGGUACAUACCGCCUGCCACUGCACGGGCCAAGCUAAAGCAAGUUACCGAAGACAGGGAGAAACUUGAUGAAGAGUUCAAGCAGAAGAUUGAGGAAAAAGAAGGCGUGAUUACGGCAUUGAAGCAAGAAAAUGAGCGUUUACUUGAUAAAGUAAGAUGUAUCCAAGAAGGCUUGCCGUCCGAUUGCGAAAAUAAGUAGAACAUACUUGUAACAUAUUAUUACUUGUUCGUAAUGUUAUGAUUUGA